AUGCUCGUCUCUCACGGUCGCGGCGGCGCUGGCAACAUUGCCAACAGCUCCAAGUUUGACAAGCUCACCACCAAGGACCUCCAGACCCCUACUCUCAAGUCCUCCGUCGUUACCACUGGCCGUGGUGGCACUGGCAACAUGCUCAAGAACGACGACCCCUACGAGACUCGCCUGCGCCAGGACGUCGAGGGUGCCCCCCGCCGCACCUCCUCUGGUGCUGCCCACUACGGCCGUGGCGGUGCCGCCAACAUCUUCAAGGAGGACAACGCCGCCCUCCAGAAGGCCGCUGCCAUCGAGAACGCCAUUGAUGACGAUGAUUCCUCGAGCCACAAGCGCAGGCGCUCGUCUGCCGAGCUCGCUGCCAAGGGCAAGGCGUGGCUCAACAGCAUCACUGGCAAGAAGGCAUAA